AUGUUCAAAGGGCGAAACCCAAUCCGCUUCACUAUAACCAUCUUAUCAAUAUCAGUCCUCUUGAUGAUGACGAUGAUCAUCCAAGACUGUGACGGAUCUAUGGUGACGUGCAAAGGCAACACUGCGGCAGAGUGCCUGGUUAUUGAGGACGAGGAGCAAGAGUUUCUGAUGGAUACAGAAGAACAUCGGCGGAUUCUGCAGACCACACAUUCUAAUAGUGUCACUUAUGGUAGUCUGCAACGGGGUAAUUCGGCAUGUGGUAACAAUUGUGCUGGAGAAAAAUAUAACGUCAUUGGCCGGAAAUGCAAAGCAUACGAACAAUGUAAAUCAUGA